AUGUCUAAGGGAUCUGUUUGUUUGGCCUACUCUGGUGGUCUCGAUACUUCUGUUAUUUUAGCCUGGCUACUGGAACAGGGCUACGAGGUGGUAGCAUUCACGGCCGAUGUCGGACAAGAAGAAGACUUCGAGGCGGCUGAAAAAAAGGCAUUGCAAAUUGGUGCUAAGAAGUUUAUUCGUGUAGACUGCAAGGAGGAGUAUGUUAGCAAGGUGUUGCUUCCUGCUGUACAAGUUAAUGCUGUAUACGAGGAUGUGUACUUGUUGGGUACAUCAUUGGCAAGGCCGGUAAUUGCGAAAGCGCAGAUUGAGGUUGCUGAGCGUGAAGGGUGCUUUGCAGUCGCCCAUGGUUGUACUGGUAAGGGUAACGAUCAGAUUCGUUUUGAACUGGGUUACUAUGCCUUGCGCCCGGAUGUGGUUGUUAUUGCGCCAUGGAGAGACCCUGAGUUCUUCAACAGGUUUGCAGGUCGGAAGGAUCUUUUGGAGUAUGCUGCUGAACAUGGAAUUCCUGUUACGCAAACUACUGCCAAGCCAUGGUCGAUGGAUGAGAACCUGGCGCAUGUGUCUUUUGAGGCUGGUAUCCUAGAAGAUCCAGACACUACACCUCCUAGCGAUAUGUGGAAGUUGACUACUGAUCCUCAAAACGCUCCAGAUGAGCCAGAAGAUCUGACCAUUGUCUUCGAACAGGGUAUCCCUACAAAGGUAAUGCAUUCUGAGGGUGAAGUACAGGGACCAUUGGAUGUGUUCGAAACUGUUUCCCGCCUUGCACGUCGUAAUGGUGUUGGCCGUAUUGAUAUCGUUGAGAACAGGUAUAUCAACUUAAAAUCAAGAGGCUGUUAUGAACAGGCACCUUUGACUGUCUUGCGGAAAGCCCAUGUUGACUUGGAGGGUCUAACAUUGGACAAGGAAGUCCGUCAUCUACGUGAUCAGUUUGUCACUCCUACGUAUUCCCGUUUGCUGUACAAUGGGUGCUAUUUCACGCCUGAAUGCGAAUAUGUUCGUUCCAUGAUUGCACCCUCUCAGAAGACUGUGAACGGUAGCGUUCGUCUCAGACUGUACAAGGGCAAUGUCUUUGUCUUGGGCAGAUCUUCUGAGACAGAGACUCUUUAUGAUGCAACUGAGUCAUCCAUGGAUGAACUCACCGGCUUUGCACCUACUGAUACUACUGGUUUCAUUGCAAUCCAGGCGCUCAGAAUCAAGAAAUACGGCCAGAGCAAGAAGGAUAGAAAUGAGCCAUUGACAUUAUAG